AUGCUGAAUGAUAUCGUCGUGACGGGGUUUGAGGUGCAGAAACUCGGCAGCUUUAGUGGUGUCAAAAAAGAUUCGUACAUACUGCUUUUUGUGCAAUUGGAGCUUUGGUAUCCAGAUCUGAAAUAG